AUGCGGGGGAAAGUCACCCUGAAGCAACCCGAGGCUACGAGGCUACGCUACAUCCUUUCGCAUUCGCAUUCGCUUUUUAUUCUUUCACUUGCACAUAUUCCCGAAAUGAAGCUCUCCAUCGACUGCCCCUUAGUCCUCCUCCUUUUUAUUUCCCCGAUCGCCGCGAUUGGCACCUCAUGCUUCAAAGUCGUCUCCGCGCUGGUCGGCCGACCGACGCACCUCUUCAACAAGUUCCAGAGUGAAAUAUGCGACGCCGGAUGUCAGCCCACAGUCCCGCAUUGGGAUCUCUGGACGCGCAAUAACACCUUCGUGCCCGCCGUGCGCAGUCUAAUGCACCGCAUGAACGUCCCCCACAAAGAGGAAGCGCUACUCAAGAUGGGCGACGAUGUCGCGCUGACCAUCAAGAGAAGUUGCGGGCCGAUGCUCGGGGGCGGAACACACAUCUGCUCCGACGCAGAGACCCUGGCUGGCUUCGGAAAUUGCUUCAAGCGCAACUUUCUCAAGGCUUCGAUCAAGCAUCUCCCGACUUUGAUCCCAAUGGCAUCGGAGGAAUCGUGCAAGGAACAACUCAGGUUCUUGGAGGGCGAUGAGCUAUGGGAGGAAACCAUUCCUCAGAACAUGAGGGACUAUGCCAAGGUGUGCGACUCAUUGGGGCCGUUUGAACAUGAGGAGUUAUCCUCUAUGGCGUUCGCCACGCAUUCCCGCUCUCUGCGGCCGAUAUUCCGUCCUUUACAACUCCGACACGCCUCUCAGUUCCAGCCCCUCGUGCCGCCAUCACCAAGUUCCCUAGGCAAACCCACUGCUGCGAAAACGUACACGCGAACCCGCAAAUGGCUACGUCGAUUCUUCUAUGCCUCGCUCGCAACGGGCGUUGCCUACGGCAUUGAUAGCCAAUUCUACGCCUCAUCGCUGACGCGAACGGCGCGCACCUUCUCCCUCGGUCUCCUCGUGGCCAUCGACUAUAAAAUUAAUUUCCGCCCCAAUCCACCAUUGGCUAGCUCAAUUGCGGCCGUGCAUGCCCGAAAUGCAGAACGAUUGUCCGAUUUGCUGAGGCAUAAUGGCGGACUAUACCUGAAAAUGGGCCAGGCGAUCGCUAUGCAGUCUGCGAUAUUACCCGCGGAGUUCCAGCACAUGUUCUCACGAAUGUUCGACGAUGCACCACAGAAUGACUGGAAAGAGGUGGAGAAAGUGAUCAGGGAGGACUUUGGAAAGUCACCCGAGGAGGUCUUUGGAGUCUCGUUUACAGGCGAGUCUGGCAAAGGUGUGAUGGAACGCAAAGCCCGAGCCAGUGCCAGUGUGGCUCAGGUUCACUGGGCCCGACUGCAGGACGGUAGUGAAGUCGCCAUCAAGAUCCAAAAGCGGGAGAUUGUACAGCAGCUCGCAUGGGAUCUUUGGGCCUUCAAAGUUGUGACACUCAUCUACAGCAAGCUGUUUGACAUCCCGUUCUACAGUCUAGUUCCUUACAUCAGCGAGCGGCUAUCGCUCGAAACCGAUUUCGUGAAUGAGGCAGACAACUCGGAAAACAUGGCGAAGCUGGUCGCCGGUGAAUCACGUCUGCGUGAUCGCGUCUACAUUCCCCGGGUAUACCGUGAACUGAGCUCAAAGCGGGUCAUGACCGCCGAAUGGGUGGAAGGCGUACGACUCUGGGACAAGCAAGCUAUCACCCGGCCCUGGCGCGGUGGCUGGCGAGAGGGAAGUCCCGGCUGCCACGGAACACCCUUAGACCAACCGGGAUCGUCUGCAGAUUAUAGGCCACGGGCAGGGAAGCUUAAGCCCGAGCGUGACUACUGGCGAGGCCACAACAACCGUGGCGGCUUGGGGCUGUCCCUGAAGGACGUGAUGACCACAAUGGUAGACUUGUUCUCCGCCCAAAUGUUCUUGUGGGGAUACGUGCACUGUGAUCCACACCCGGGCAACAUCUUCAUCCGCCGUAAGCCGUCUGGUCAGCCAGAGCUGGUUUUGAUUGACCACGGCUUGUACAUCCACAUGGAGCCUGGGUUCCGACACCAAUAUGCUCGAUUCUGGAAGGCACUUCUGACCUUCGAUAAUCGUACGCUUGGGGAGAUCGUCAAAGGAUGGGGUGUGGCCAACCCCGAUAUCUUCGCAUCGGCCACCUUGAUGCGUCCCUACAGUGGCGGUGACAUGUCCACUCAGCGGGGCAUCAAGGGGCUGAGCAAGUCCCAGCGUGCGGAGCGAAGCUACGAGAUGCAACAGGCGGCGCGCAAGGCGAUUCGGGAUAUCCUGGGCGACGAAACCAAAUGGCCACAAGAACUGAUUUUCAUCGGCCGCAACUUGCGAAUUGUCCAAGGGAACAAUCAGUUCCUGGGAUCACCAGUUAACCGUGUCAAAAUCACCGGAAUCUGGGCUUCGCGUGCGCUGAUCGAAUCUCCUGAUCUCUCGCUGGUCGAGAAGAUGCGCAACCUUGGUCGUCAUUUCGUCUUCCGCAUGGUUCUGUUCAGUACUGAUAUCUUCUUCUAUUUCACCAAGGUGCGCCAGUUCUUGCGCAUGGGUGGAGGCAUGGAAGAUGAUCUGGAGGCCCAAAUGCAGGUCAUGGCGAAGGAUAUGGGCGUUGAGUUGAAUCAUGAGGUGUUCGAAGGUACCCCCCGUCUUUCACUUUUUCGCACUUUUACACUUGGAUACUUCAAGAUGGAUGAACCGCCUAUCAUUGAUUUUGGACCUUUCUACGGGACUGAUCAUAUCGCCAAGGAGCAUCUUGUGCUCCAGAUCCGACAAGCAUGCGAGCGAUUCGGCUUCUUCCAGUUGAUCAACCAUGGUAUCCCAGCAGAUAUCCAAGCCGCCAUCCUCAAGCACUCGAGUGACUUCUUCAAUCUACCACUGGAAGAUCAAAAGAAACUAAGAUCGAGCAAAGACAUCGGAGGAUUGAACCGAGGCUACGAGCGUCUCCGCGCACAGAAUUUCGAAAAACGCACAAAAGGUGAUCUAAAAGAAGGCUUCUACCUAGGAAAAGACCUCCCUCUAGACGACGAAUAUGUCGUCCAUGGACGCUUCGGCCAAGGUCCAAACAAGUACCCAGCGGAAGUGUCUGACCCCAAUGAAUUCAAAAGAAUAAUGGAUGAGUACCAUGAUCUCAUGAUAGAUCUCGCAGUAGCAAUCAUGCAAGUCUUAGCUCAAACACUGGACUUGGACCAGAGCGUCUUUGGUGAUCUUCGUGACCAUCCAGCCUCUAUUCUCCGACUACUGCAUUACCCGCCCCAAGAAGGCAAUACGGAUCUCGAGAGAGGGAUCGGGGCACACACGGAUUUUGGGGCUGUGACUAUGCUCCUACAGGAUGAGACGGGUGGACUCCAGGUGUGGAAUAACGUUUCGUCCGACUGGGUAGACGUGACUCCUGUGCCUGGGGCGUAUGUUGUGAACCUGGGGGAUAUGAUGAUGCAAUGGACGAAUGAUCGAUAUUUGUCGAAUCUGCAUCGGGUGAUCAACAGAAGUGGCAAGGAACGAUUUAGCGUGCCUUUCUUCUACUCGGGGAACCCGAACUUCACCAUUCGGUGUCUUCCAAAUUGUGAGGAUUCGGUCUUCGGGGCGAAGUAUCCUCCUGUGACUGUUCAUGAGUGGAUGGUUGGACGAUAUGCAGAUACGUAUGGGACUUCGGAGAAGGGGAUUGAGGAGAUGCGUCGUGAGCCGCGUGGUGAUAUAUAA